AUGGCGUCGAGGUGGCUCACCCUCUUCCUCCUCCUGUCGCCCGCCCUCGCCGCCGAGAACAACUUUGGUUUCUACCCAAAGGGCGCCCAGAGUUGUCUUUACAAGGCUGCUGACGAUGCCGACUGCACCGGAAAAGACUCCAAGGAGCUCAACUAUUGUCUUUGCGGUCAGGGCAGCUACAAGAACGACUUCAUCCUCGGCUCCGCACGAUGCGUUGGCCAGGAAUCACCCGGCGAUGUCGAUGAAACCUUUGACACCAUGCAACAGGCAUGCAAGGACUCGUCCACGCCGCUGAAGGUGACCAAGGAGGAGUUUCAAGAGGCUGCAAAGGAAGGCGAGACGACGACGACAACAGCAGACAGCUCGACGACCACGAGCACGACAACAAAGAGCAAGCAGACGGCCGAUUUCACUACGACAUCAGGUGGCAGGACAAUCACCGUCAUCGCAACUAGCGGCAACAGCAACGACGACAAGGAUACUACCAAGGACGAUGACUCGAGCCUGUCGACUGGCGCCACGAUUGGAAUCGCGGUCGGAGCCGCUCUCGUCGGAGCUGCGUUCAUUGGCGCCGGUGUCUUCUUCCUCCUGCGACGACGAAAGCGAAAGUCCGAAGAGUCUCACCCAAUGCUUCCUCCCAACUACGAUGGAAACCACGAGUACGCUGGCGCAUCAACAUACCCGCCCUCGGAGCCAAAGCCGGCAUGGGCAACCACCGCACCCAACCAACAAGGCUAUAACCAUCCGUAUACCGGCGCCUACGCCCCUCCCAAGCCGCAAGAUGUAGCGAACCCCAACCUCGUCUACGAGAUGGACGGUUCCAUACCGCCUCCGGUUAUGGAAAUGCCUGGGACAACACCACACGGACACGGACACGGACGGUGA